UGGGAGAACAGAGGUCCAGUCUGUGCAGUAUGGUAAAGAAAGAGCAAACAAAGACAGGGUGUUUGCAAGAUCCCCCAGUAAACCCUUGGCACGGAAAUUAAUGAGUGGGAUGGACUGGGAAGUAGUGAGUAGGAAUUCACUGUCUGAUGAUAGGUUGGAAACACAAAGCCUACCAUCACGGUCUCCACCUGGAACUCCAAAUCAUCGCAACUCUGCCUUCACUCAAGAAGGAGCCCGGUUACGACCCUCGUCAGUUGGACAUUUAGUGGACCAUGUAGUUCACACAUCCCCAAGUGAAGUAUUUGUAAAUCACAGAUCUCCAUCUUCCACCCAGGCUAAUAGCAUCAUACUGGAAUCAUCACCAUCUCAAGAGACUCCUAUAGAUGGGCAGCCUCCUGCACUACCACCCAAACAAUUUAAAAAGAACAGUUGGAACCAAAUUCAUCAUUCACACUCACAGCAAGAACUGGAUAACCAUAUUAAUGAAAUAUUUGAUGUUCCUGCAUCACCAGAAAAAUCCACACCCAAUGGUGGUGUCCCCCACGACAAUCUUGUUAUGAUCAGAAUGAAGCCAGAUGAAAAUGGAAGGUUUGGCUUCAAUGUAAAGGGUGGAUAUGAUCAGAAGAUGCCAGUAAUAGUGUCCAGGGUAGCUCCAGGAACACCUGCUGAUCUCUGUGUCCCCCGUCUGAAUGAAGGGGACCAGGUUGUACUGAUUAACGGCAGGGAUAUAGCAGAACAUACCCAUGAUCAAGUUGUUAUGUUUAUUAAAGCUAGCUGUGAGAGACACUCAGGGGAACUUGUGCUCCUAGUUCGACCCAAUGCGGUCUAUGAUGUUGUGGAAGAGAAGCUGGAGAGCGAGCCUGACUUCCAGUACAUCCCUGAGAAAUCUCCUCUUGAUGGUGUCCAUCAAGAUGAUAAUGCUCUGAGAGAAUCCAUGAUUCAGCUAGCAGAGGGGCUUAUCACUGGAACUGUUUUGGCUCAGUUUGAUCAAUUGUAUAGGAAAAAGCCUGGAAUGACAAUGUCUUGUGCAAGAUUACCUCAAAACAUUUCCAAAAAUAGAUACAGAGACAUUUCGCCUUAUGAUGCUACACGGGUUAUUUUAAAAAGUAACGAAGAUUACAUCAAUGCAAAUUAUAUAAAUAUGGAAAUCCCUUCUUCCACAAUAAUAAACCAGUACAUUGCUUGUCAAGGUCCAUUACCGAACACUUGUCCUGAUUUUUGGCAGAUGACGUGGGAACAAGGCUCAUCUAUGGUUGUAAUGUUAACAACUCAAGUUGAACGUGGCAGAGUUAAAUGCCAUCAGUACUGGCCAGAGCCAUCAGGAAGCUCAUCAUAUGGGAAUUUCCAGAUUACUUGCCACUCGGAAGAAGGAAAUCCUGCUUAUGUUUUCCGAGAAAUGACACUGACUAAUCUGGAGAAAGAGGAAAGCCGCCAACUAACCCAAAUCCAGUAUAUAGCAUGGCCGGAUCAUGGGGUUCCUGAUGAUUCUAGCGAUUUCCUAGAUUUUGUGUGUCUUGUGCGAAAGAAGAGGGCUGGCAGAGAAGAACCUGUUGUUGUUCAUUGCAGUGCUGGGAUUGGACGGACUGGAGUUCUUAUCACUAUGGAGACAGCCAUGUGUCUUAUUGAGUGUAAUCAGCCUGUUUAUCCAUUAGAUAUAGUAAGAACCAUGAGAGAUCAAAGAGCCAUGAUGAUCCAAACACCUAGUCAAUACAGAUUUGUAUGUGAAGCUAUUUUGAAGGUGUAUGAAGAAGGAUUUAUUAAACCUUUACAAACAUCACUGCAUAAGUAAAGAGCAAAAAAACCCCAGGAUAUCAAUUGAGGAAUCCUGUCCUCUAUAAUGAAUUGGCAGCAUUUUUUGUGCCAUAAUACUGCUUGCAGGAAAUGAUAGUGAAGUACAGCAAAGAAUUGACAAAGGACUUUGAAAACUUCAGCACUGUUGCACUUUAUGUUGAAACAAAAUCAGUCUCUGAAACUCUUCUAACCUUCAUCUGUUUGAAGACUUUAUUUUCGUGCUUUGCUCCGAACAAACCAUAAACUGAAAGAACUAAUUGUGUUCAGGGUAAUCUAUGAUAUUUCGUUGUAGUGCCAUAUACUGCGCUUCUGGUUGAAUUGCUACAAACAAGGCUUGGAAUUAUUUCACUCUGUUUUACACCCAUGUCUCUUAAAAUGAAAAAGAAAUGAAAAAAACACACUAAGCCAUGGUCUUUUUCCAGUGCUAGGUUUAUUUACUAUGUACAGACUCUCACUGUUUUGUUUUUUACAACAUUAGCAAUAUUGCCGUUACUAGAUAGAUACACACUGCCUACUGGUGCAGCACACUUUGUCCUACACCCCUACUAGAGACCAGCUGGUUGUUAGAGGAGAGCUGGCAUCUGUAUUAACCCAGCAGUAGCUGCAUAAUGCCCACUUACCAGCAUCUUGUACAAAAUUAUAACAAUAAAAAUAUAAAAA